UUUGACUGAGCACCGCUGGGAGCGACGCGCACCUGUCGCGGCAUUUCUGUUCCUUUUGUGUGGAUUUGUUGUUUAUUUUUUCGCGUCUGCAAGGGAUGGUGCAGUAGCGAUGGACCGGAUAGCACCAUUCAUCCUGCUGUCGGCGCUGCUGUACGGCGUUGUCGGCCAAUUCGAGUGGCAGCGCAGAGAUGCCUUCGACGAGAUCAAGAGCCGCAUCGAAAAAGUCAACAGUGAAAACUGCCCGAUUUCUCACUUGGGUGACCUGUACCUGCCAGAGGACAGCGUUUCGCACCUUCCCGAUAUCAAGGACAUCAACAUCAACCCGGUCUUCCCGAACCGAACGGCGUUGCUGCUGCUGCACAACUUGGCGCUGUCCAGGGCCUUCUUCUACAGCUACACCCUGCAGUCGCGCUUCAUCCGGCCGGCCAUCAAUGACACCUACGACCCUGGCAUGAUGUACUACUUCCUCUCCACCGUCGCCGAUGUCUCCUCCAACCCUUUCAUCAACGCCAGCGCAAUUUAUUUUGCGCCCAACUCUUCUUACUCGCCCUCGUAUCGAGGAUUUUUCAACAAGACAAUGCCGCGUUUUGCGCCUCGCACCUUCCGUGCGGACGACUUCAACGACCCGAUCCACCUGCAGCGUAUUUCCACCAUGAACACGUUCACAGUGCAGGACCUGGGAGCCAUCCCCAACAACAGCCAGAGCAGCGAUUACACCUCCGACUACUACAGAACUAACGAGUGGUACCGAAAAUGGCUGCCUGACGUCGUCAAGAACCGCCAGGACACCAAGGUGACAUACGACGUGAAAAUCCGUUACGCAAACAACACAAACGAGACAUUCUCGUUCCACGGCCCUCCUGGCGCGGACGAGGAUCCCGGUCCAGUGAAGUGGACGCGUCCAUACUUCGAUUGCGGUCGGUCGAACAAGUGGCUGGUGGCGGCCGUGGUGCCCAUUGCUGACCUCUACCCUCGCCACACCGGCUUCCGACACAUCGAGUACCCGAGUUAUACUGCCAUCUCGGUCAUUGAAAUGGACUUUGAUCGAAUAGACAUCAACCAGUGCCCUCUUGGCGAGGGCAACAAGGGUCCGAAUCGCUUUGCAGACACGGCCAGAUGCAAAAAGGACACAACAGAAUGUGAACCAAUCCACGGUUGGGGUUACCGAAGGGGUGGGUACCAGUGCCGCUGUCUUCCAGGCUGGCGUCUGCCGCCGAACGUCAGAAGGCCCUACCUCGGUGAAAUCAUCGAAAGGGCCACCACUGAGCAGUACUACCACGGAGGCUUCAGCUGCGAAAGGAUUUCCUGGAUCCACCGACUGCCGCAGCAUUGGGAGCGAGUUCCCAAGUGGAUGAAGGACAAGUACCUGGACAAAUUCUACGAGUACCACAACUCCACAAACGGCACAAGCAGCCGCAGGUCCCUCGACCACGACAAGAUGAACAUUGAUGAAGUGCUCAGGUUCAUCUUUGACGUCACUCCCAAAUCGUGCAAAAACUACCACAAGCAGGAACUGACCCUGAACGGAGACAUCGCUUACGGUAUUGAGGAGCAGUUUGGAAACGAGGCUAGGAUGGCCGUGCGGUUGGCUAACUUCAUUUCUGGAUUCCUCCAGGUGGUCGACCCUUACGAAGUUUACUCUGGGACGAGGGUGGCUGAUUUUCCCCUUUCAGAGGACCAGAUGAUCGCAGAAACCCUGUCCCUUCUGAUGGGAGACUCGAAGAUCUGGUCUGCCGGCACGUUCUGGGAGCGCAACAAGUUCACAAACCGAACCCUGUUCGCGCCUUUCGCCUACAAGGAGAAGCUGAACACGCGCAAGUUCAAGGUGGAGGAUUUGGCGCGGCUCAACGGCACCGACGAAGUUUACCUCAACAACGAGUGGUUCCGCUUCCUCAAGCAGCGCUGGAGCGCCAAUUUUGACUCGCUUGAGAAGAUCAACAUGAAGAUCAAGAUCAGGUACAACGAGACCGGCGAGUACCUCAAGAAGUACGAGGUCUACCCCAACUUCUACCGAGCUGCAAACUUGGACCAUGGAUACUGGACCAAGCCCUAUUUCGACUGCGAUGGAAAGGUGAAGAAGUGGGUAGUGACCUACGCGGCUCCGUUCUUCGGUUGGGACGCGCUGCGUGCGCGUCUCGAAUUCAAGGGCGCCGUCGCGGUGACGGUGGACCUGCUGACGCUGGACAUCAACCAGUGUCCCGGCUCGUACUACACGCCGAACGCGUUCAAGGGGACGCACAAGUGCGACCGCAAGUCGUCCUACUGCGUGCCCAUCCUCGGACGCGGCUUCGAGUCGGGCGGCUACAAGUGCGAGUGUCUGCAGGGCUUCGAGUACCCCUUCGAGGACGCCAUCACCUACUUUGACGGGCAGCUGGUUGAGUCCGAGUUCAACAACAUCGUGGCCGACACGCCGUCCAAGUACGACAUGUACAAGUGCCGUCUGUCCUCGGGACACGCCACCAGCGCCGGCCUCGCCCUCCUCCUGGCCGCCCUCUUAGUCCACGUGCUCAGCUUGUAGAUCUGAUUUUCUGGCAAUAAUUUUUUGUAAGUCCGUCCAUACACACGAAACUUAUGAUAUUCUUUUUAUUGUUUGGUAAAUGUUUGAAUGUCGAGUAAUUCAAGAUCUGAUUUUUAGGAAAAUUAUUUCUUUAAGGCAUUUCAAAUAGAACGGAAAGAAGUAUUUUUUAAAAUAAUGUUUUGAGAGAUUUGGCAAAACUAUAUCAGUUGGUUAAAAGACGAUAAAUUUAUUUUUAAACCUAACCGUCCGAGUUUUAAUGCGGUUUGCAUUAAAAUGAUAUUAUUUUAGUCUGCACAAAGUUGUCAAAUAUAUAUUUUGCACUCAAAAUGUGAGUUUUAUAAGCGAUUUUUGUGACUAGUUCUUCCGCAGCUUAAAAUUGGCUACAAUAAAGCCAAAUAAAUAAACAGGUAUAUAGUGUAAACAAAAGUAUUAAAAUUUUUGUUUUAAAGCCAAACUCACUCUGUUGCAUUGCCAAAUUUUGGCCUGCUGUCAUUUUGACCAUUCUAGUUUUAAGUGCAAAUCAAACUUAGUCCGUCCGACAACAAUAAAUUUGUUCGUAUUUAGAAAAAGGGACCAUUUAUAGAGUGGUAAUGUAAAAAUAAAUGUUUAAAUUUAAUGGAUUGAGCAAGCGAGUUAUGGUUAAACCCAGUUUUAAUUUUUGACCAUUUAUAUUAUGUCGACUCAUUCCUCAUUUUGUUCUAAAACAUGUUUCUGUGGUUUGUUUGAUUUAUUUUAUCAUGGUUUUUGAUACACUCUUGAAAAG